AUGUAUGAGAAAAGACUCGCAGCACUUCGACAAGUCUGUAAAGUGCCCUAGAAACACCAAGAGCCAUGAGAGCGUUUCAGAUGUGUGGGUGUUUGUCAGUCGCUAUCAGGGCUGUCCUCAUCACUGAGUGUCUGUUGAUGGGCGUGAGAGGAGAUGGAGCAGAUUCAGAGGAAGAACCAGAUAUUAAGUACGCUUUGAUCGGAGGUGGGAUCGGCCUGUUCUUAGCUGCUGGAUUCAUUAUCAUCAAGGUCUGCAUCAUCAGGAAGCAUAUACGUGAUAAUAGCACAGAUAAUAGCAAAAGGAGACCCAAAGAGGAAAUAUGUUUGCAUCAAAAGGUGUAGGCUCCCAUAACCUUUAUCUACUCUCAACCACAGCAUCAACUGAUCACUCUGAGCCAUCUCAGCCAAUCAGAAAGUGCCGCGGUGGCAGAGGUCAGGCAGAGUGAUCUGCAGGAAGACGUGAACCCUGCAAAAGUGCUAUCUGAGUGAAAGGUCAACCAGGCGGCCUGUUGUCUCUUCACUUUUUGUCGCACAAACAUCAACAUAGAACUGUUUUACCUCUGUAUCUGAUUUUUAUAAUAUGUGUCUGAGUAGAAUUUGUCACAGCGCAUUUUUGUUUUUGCCCGUGUGGAGCAGUGUUCUCUGAAAAGCUAAAUUAAACAUGUCCCAGUCAUGUAAAAGUCUGAAUAUAA